AUGGUGGCUGCGCUGAAAAAGGAAACCAAGCGAACCAAGGCGACCAAAUCUGCGGGAUCGGACGUGCCAGAGCAGGGAGAGAAGGAGUCCCAAGUCCCCGAAGGCCAGUACUUUUGGCAAAACCCUUCAAAUAGGGAAUUAUUGAAAAAGAUACGACGUGACAAGACCGUGAAUAAAAGUUCAGUGCAACAUAAACGCGAAGGUGAGAGUCUCAGUCACGACUCUAACAUCUACGUCAUACGCACGACCAAGCACAAAAAGAUCUCCUACGACCAAUUUGUCAGAGAAAAGGGGAGGCGUAGAAAACGACAGUAG